CCCACUGUACAAUUCCGCUGAAUAAGAUGGCGGCUUCAAGAGGCUUUUCCAAGCUAUUGCGAUCUCCUUUGAAUUGUUAUUUUGCUGCGCCUCUCACAGUAACUUCAAGACGUUAUGCUAGUGUCAAGGCACAGUCUGUAAUGUAUAAGGAGUAUGGAGAUCCUGGCAAAGUGCUAAGAUUAUUUCUUAUUGAUUGGCUCCGCAGUUUGGAGUUUGUUGAUCGCGAAGUUAUUGGCCCAUCAUCUGUCGGAGUUCAGAUGGUAGCGGCGCCAGUGAAUCCAUCAGACAUUAACAUGAUCCAAGGCUCAUAUGCCAUAAAGCCUGCGCUUCCUGCUGUUGGUGGAAAUGAAGGCUGUGGACAAGUCAUUAAGAUGGGCAAAGAAGUCAAGGGUGUCAAGGAAGGGGACUUUGUCAUUCUGGCUGAAAGUGGCUUAGGUUCGUGGACAAGAUACCAUGUCUUAUCUGAAGAUCAAGUCAUCAAGGUUCCGGAUUAUAUUAGCGUGGAGAUGGCAGCUACUCUUAGUGUCAAUCCUUGCACAGCAUAUAGAAUGCUCAAGGAUUUUGAACACCUCAAACCAGGAGACACUGUUAUACAAAAUGGGGGAAACAGUGGUGUAGGGCGCGCUGUCAUUCAGCUAGCGGCAGCCUGGGGGAUCAAGACAGUCAAUAUAGUCAGGGAUAGGCCAAACCUGGAUGUGAUGGUGAAAGAACUGACAGAUCUUGGAGCAACACAUGUUGUUACAGAAGAUUUCUGUCGGACUCCAGAAAUGGCAAACUUUAUGAAGGACCUGCGUCCGGUGAAGCUUGGACUUAACUGUGUCGGAGGAAAAAGUGCAACAGAGGUUACAAGGCAAUUAAGCGAUCAGGGUUCUAUAGUCACAUAUGGUGGGAUGUCCAAAAAACCAUUCCUUGUUCCUACAGGACAGCUAAUUUUUAAGGAUAUCCGUGUGAGAGGAUUCUGGAUGACUGCAUGGAAUAAACAUAACACAAAAAGUUCUGAGCGUGUGUCAAUGAUCGACGAGAUUUGUCAGCUUCACAAGGAUGGCAAGUUCAGUCCGCCUCCAUGCAACAAGCAUGCACUUGAACACUUCCAGGAAGCCGUAGGUGCCGCCAUGCAACAAUAUUCCACAGCAAAACAACUGCUAACCAUGACAUGAGCCUUGCUUCAAUCCUCGCCUUGCUACUCAACUGGCCAAGUCCUGGGCUAGGCCCCUAGUGCUACAGUGUUGACAUAAACCUCAAAGAAACAACUAAUAACAAUGACGUGGUGAGUCAAACAUAGUAUGUCUUUGAUCCGUCCUCACUGAGUCCCACCUGAGGCCACUGCACUGGCCUUGGUUCUGGUCUUUCCAACAAGCCAUGAGCAUUAGCAUCCAAAUACAGUAUGCAAUUUAGAGAAACUACUGAUAAUAACAAUGGUGAACCACGAAUAGCAUGUUAUGGAAACACACAAACUAAGACACAUAAAAGAAACAGCUAAUAACAACGAUGAGGUGAGUAAAACACAUCUUUGAUACGACCUUACUAAGUCCUCACAUUGGUUCUGGCCAAGCAAGCUGCAAGCGCUAAUUAAAUUAUGCAUCUCAGUGAAACCAUGGGAUGCGCGUGAAGCACAUUGGAGUCAAAGUGACCAAGUGCCGACCACUGGGAUUACAAUUUCUUUCUAGAGACAUCAUCAUUUCGGAUAAUGACGGAAUGAGGCUAUUUUAGAGGACAUUGGCUAAAUGAUGGAAAACUUCUACAAUCAUUGGGUAAAGUGAUGGUAAAGGAUUUGAUAUGACUAGACUGAUGUGCGAGGUGUUAUUAUUGGGGACAUCCUGAAUACCCUCAUACGCAAUGAUGGAAAUAGAAACAUUCCCAUCGGGUUGUGAAAUGUGAGAAAUACCACCCAGAGUAUCCAUGGACGAUAUAAAAACAAUAUAGAUAAUAAAAUUUCGCCCGAGAUUGCUUGACCUAAAA